AUCGCCUUCGAAGGUCAGCAAAUCGUUUUGGCGGUGACGGAUAUGGCCCUUUACACUCUCUUCAGCUCGCGCUGAAUACACUCAGGGCUACUUAAGGGUCGAAAUGUCAGAGAUUCAACCCAUGAUCGCGCCGCAGGAGGACGGCUCUGGUAGUGUACCAGAAACAGUACACGAACCACCACAACCGACGCCCAUCACAGACCAAGAGGUGGGAGAGUAUCGGGAGCAGGAUCGUUUUCUACCCAUUGCAAAUGUCUCCCGUAUCAUGAAGCAGUCCGUUCCACACACCGCUAAGAUUGCCAAGGAUGCCAAGGAGUGCGUUCAGGAAUGUGUUUCAGAGUUUAUAAGUUUCAUUACUUCCGAGGCCGCUGAGAAAUGUCAGAUGGAGAAGCGGAAAACGAUCGGAGGCGAGGAUAUCCUGUACGCCAUGGUGUCUCUAGGGUUUGAGAACUAUGCAGAAACACUGAAAAUUCAUCUGGCAAAACUGAGACAACACCAAGCAGGAUCCUCGUCGAACCCGCGACAAGAGCAUAGAGAAGAUUGAUUCUACUUUUUUGUACCUGUACUAUUCGUGUACCACCGUAUCAACUACUUUCGCAAUGCCUAUGUUUUGCAGCUCACCUUGCCGCUUU